AUGGAUUUAGCCAGCGGAUCCCGCCGAGGUGGUUCCCACCUCCUCCUCCUGCUCCUCCUGGUUUUUGGCUUUGGACCCGACGCGGCUUCGCCUAGGGCUGCACUCCGAAAGGAAGGCAGACUGGGUCCCCCUGUUAAUAUCCUGCUGGAUUCUUUAAAUUGCUCAGCUUUCCAGAUUCAGUGGAGAAUGCCCCAUCAUCAUACCAGUCUCAUCACGGGCUAUACUGUGUUUUACUCUGAGGCAGGGGAGGACAAACUCCUACACCAGAUGUCAAAAGAUGUGCCCCUCAGCGAGGACAUGCUCAAUAUGGGUCAACUUGAUGGCCAGGCAGCUUUUAAACUAGUGAUUGGGGAUUUAAAACCAGGCACCACCUACAGAGUGAGUGUAAGAGCUUAUGGCUGGAACAUCAAAGGACGCCCAAGCUCUCCCCGACAUGUUACCACUCUAUCAAAAGAUAAAUGUAUGCCCCCGUCACCUCCUUAUCAGCCUCAAGUCAUCGUGGUUUCUGACUCCGAGGUGGCACUGUCCUGGAAACCAGGAGAAAGUGAAGGAAGUUCACCUAUUCAGUACUACUCUCUGGAGUAUAUCAGGCCAGAUUUCGACAACAGUUGGACUCUAAUCAAAGAACAGAUCCAGAUGGACUCCAUGGUUCUUAAGGGACUCAUUGCAGAUACCCAGUACCAGUUUGCUGUGAAGGCUGUGAAUACUUUUGGAGCCAGCUCCCUCAGCCAGCCCAGUGACACCAUACGAACCUUCAGUACCGAAGAGGCAGGAAGUGGGACCUCAGAGCCACGGUAUGUCACAGACACAGGAGGAAGUGAUGGCAAUGGAUUUGACGUUGACGACUCUGAUUUUGACAUCUAUAUUGAAGAGAUCAAACCACUUCCUGCCAUCAAAGGAAGCCAUAGGAAAUUUUUUGUGGAAACCAAGAUGCCUCCUCGAUCUAAUCCAAAGUAUUUUUCAAGGUUUAUCCCCCCUACCUCAGCUUCCCCUCUCACCACCACGCCAGUCCACCAUACCACCACAGCAAAGGCAAAAAGAAGGAGUAGCAUGGCUGCAAUGACAAGGCUCUUGGACAUGUCCUGUGAUGAAACCAUCUGCUCACCUGAUAGCUUCUGUGUCAAUGACUACAACCUGGGUGGCUCUCGAUGCCACUGCAACCUUGGCAAAGGUGGUGAGAACUGCGCGGAAGAUAUUUUCAUCCAGUAUCCUCAGUUCUUCGGCUACUCCUACUUAACCUUGGAACCACUAAAGAACUCUUAUCAAGCAUUUCAAAUCACCCUUCAAUUUAGGGCAGAAACUGAAGAUGGCUUACUGCUGUAUUGUGGAGAAAAUGAACAUGGACGGGGUGAUUUUAUGUCAUUGGCAAUCAUCCGGCGCUCUCUCCAGUUCAGAUUCAAUUGUGGAACUGGGGUGGCCAUCAUUAUGAGUGAAAGCAAAAUAAAACUAGGCAGCUGGCACACCGUCAACAUCUACAGGGACGGACUGAAUGGGCUACUCCAGGUGAACAAUGGUACCCCGGUGACAGGCCAGUCUCAGGGCCAGUACAGUAAAAUUACAUUCCGGACCCCUUUCUACCUUGGUGGGGCUCCCAGUGCUUAUUGGCUGGUCAGAGCAACAGGAACAAACCGUGGUUUCAAGGGUUGUGUUCAGUCAUUAGCCAUCAAUGGGAAGAAAAUAGACUUGAGGCCCUGGCCACUUGGGAAAACACUAAGUGGGGCUGAUGUAGGGGAAUGCAGCAGUGGCAUUUGUGAUGAGGCCUCCUGCAUCAACGGAGGCACCUGCACUGCAGUCAAAGCGGAUUCCUACAUUUGCCUUUGUCCCCUGGGAUUUAAAGGGAGACAUUGUGAAGACGCUUUCACCCUGGCCAUCCCUCAGUUCAAUCAAUCUCUGAGGUCCUUUGCUACAACCCCUUGGCCAUUAGAGUCCCAGAAUUAUCUCUCUUUCAUGGAGUUUGAGAUCACAUUUCGGCCAGAGUCAGAAGAUGGUGUUCUACUGUACAGCUAUGACACAGGCAGCAAAGACUUCCUGUCUAUCAACAUGGUGGAUGGCCAUGUGGAAUUCAGAUUUGACUGCGGCUCUGGAACAGCUGUUCUCCGGAGUGAAGAUCCUCUUUCUCUGGGUCACUGGCAUGAGCUGCAUGUGUCACGAACAGCAAAGAAUGGGAUCUUACAGGUGGAUAGGCAGAAGACAGUGGAAGGCAUGGCAGAGGGAGCCUUCACUCAAAUUAAGUGCAACACUGAUAUAUUCAUUGGUGGAGUCCCCAACUAUGACAACCUAAAGAAGAAUUCAGGCAUCCUCCAGCCUUUCAGUGGGAGCAUCCAGAAGAUUGUCCUCAAUGACAGAACCAUUCAUGUGAAGCACGAUUUUACUUCUGGUGUGAACGUGGAGAAUACCGCCCACCCAUGUGUGCGAACCCCCUGUGCCAAUGGAGGCAGCUGUAGACCCAAGAAGGAUGGGUAUGAAUGUGACUGCCCCUUAGGCUUUGAUGGGCAGCACUGCCAAAAAGCUAUCACAGAAGCCAUCGAGAUCCCACAGUUUAUUGGCAGGAGUUACCUCACCUACGACAAUCCAGAUAUCCUCAAAAGGGUGUCAGGAUCUCGUUCUAACGCCUUCAUGAGGUUUAAGACAACAGCCAAAGACGGGCUGCUGAUGUGGAGGGGAAACAGUCCCGUGAGACCCAACAGUGACUUUGUCUCCCUGGGUCUUCAGGAUGGAGCCCUUGUGUUCAGCUACAACUUGGGCAGUGGUGUUGUUUCCAUUGUCGUGAAUGGAUCCUUCAAUGACGGCCGGUGGCACAGAGUGAAAGCCGUCAGGGAUGGCCAGUCCGGAAAGAUAACUGUGGAUGACUAUGGAGCUAGAACUGGCAAAUCCCCUGGACUUAUGAGACAGCUGAAUAUCAAUGGAGAUCUCUAUGUAGGUGGAAUGAAGGAAAUUGCCCUGCAUACAAAUAGGCAAUACAUGAGAGGCCUAGUGGGCUGUAUCUCCCAUUUCACUCUUUCUACUGAUUACCACAUUUCCCUGGUGGAAGAUGCAGCUGAUGGGAAAAACAUCAACACCUGCGGAGCCAAGUAAGCGCAGCCAAGCUUCCCCAGGGGAGAGCGAGCAUUUUUUCCUCCAGAAGUCCCGUGUCCCUGCCAUCCAGCCCAACGCUGCACACCAAGUCCCCAGGGCACCCUCUCCUCAUCAAAGAGGAUGGCACCCUGAUGAGAAACUAUAGACUGGACCAGACAGAGAGGAGAAUCCCAGCAGCUUUCCCUGCUGACGCUCUAUGGACCAAACCCCACUGGAUCCUCUGUGUAGGAAAUGUCAGACUGUCCACUGAAUGUAUAGUGACUAAUGAGAUCAAACAUGAAUGCAAAUUCCAGAGAUCGCUGUGCUGUGAUGAAUAGUUCCAUGACUGUGUCGUGAGUCAUAGUGCUUUCUUUUUAAACAUCCAGCAGAACAGUAUUAAAUGCUUCUCUUCACUCCUGAUUCAUGAUACUUUUAAUACAGCAGGAUGACUAUGUGACCCCAAACUUCCCCUUUCUUGCCCUGCCCUGUGAAUUUGCUUAGCUCCCUGCUGCUGUGUCCUCAGCACAUUCUGGCCAUGCCGUGUAUAUAAGGAAAGAAGAAACUCAACCCUAUGGAAACUAUUUCAGAAUCGUUAUAGGGACUGGAAAGGUCACCCUUAAUAUUAAAAGCCUCCUUUUUUUAAAUAAUGCAAACCUCAGAAAAUAGACACCAUGAUUUUGUAGAAGUACUUUUGUAUGUGUAUAUUUUUAUAGAGGCAGAACUGACCACAUAGUAUACCUUGGAAAGUUUAGGUGAAUUACAUGCGCUUCCGUCCCUGAACGCUUUGCAUUUGGACACUAUUUGGU